AUAUUGUAUGUUCUUGAUCAUUUUCCUUAUUGUACUCAACAACUUUGAAUAUGCCCAAGUUCAACAAAUCACCCCCUUCGGGGUCUGGAAGCCCCCGAGAAUCCAUGGAGAAAUCCAAGGUCUCCCAUAUUGAAUCAGUAAACGAGAAUCAGGCGUUUACUAUCACCGGUAACGCUGAUGGUCUUCAACGAGAGCUCUCGAAUCGGAAGGUUCAGCUGGUUGCCAUCGGAGGUUCGAUCGGAACGGCUCUUUUUCUCAGUAUCGGUGGUACUCUGAAUAAGGCCGGGCCUGGAAAUCUCUUCCUAGCUUUCCUUAUCUACAAUAUGUUCUUGGCUUUGAUCAACAAUUGCAUGGCGGAGAUGACGGUUUAUAUGCCUGUUAGUGGUAGUUUCAUCCGUCUGGCUUCCCAUUGGGUAGACGAUGCGCUGGGAUUCUGCGUCGGAUGGAACUUUUUCUUGUUCCAGGUUGUGGUCAUCCCUUUCGAGAUUACGGCGUUGACGUUGGUUCUCUCAUUUUGGAAGGAAGACAUCCCCGUUGCCGCUAUCUGUGGAGGCUGCAUUGCACUUUAUAUCAUAAUUAACGUAUACGCGGUUGCCGUCUAUGGCGAGUUCGAAUUCUGGCUAUCAAGUGGAAAGGUCUUAUUAUUGACUAUUCUUUUUUGCUUCACUUUUAUCACGAUGGUCGGAGGGAAUCCACAACACGACACUUAUGGAUUCCGCAAUUGGAAUAACCCAGGAGCAUUUGCCGAAUUCUCUUCUGUUGGAACUCUUGGCAAAUUUGAAGGGUUUUUGGCAGCCCUGUGGUUUGCCUCCUUCACCUGUGUCGGUCCCGAAUUCGUGGGAAUGAUGUCCGCCGAAGCGAAGCAUCCUCGAACCUAUCUGAAUACCGCCUUUAAAGUCGUCUACGGGAGAAUCUUGGUCUUUUUUAUCGGCGGCGCUCUUGCAGUGGGCAUACUUAUACCCUAUAACGACGCUACUCUGAACGCAGUUUAUCAGGCCGGAACCGGGCAUUCUGGGAGUGCUGCUGCAUCGCCAUACAUUAUCGCAAUGAAGAACAUGAACAUCAAAGUUCUACCUCAUAUCGUCACGGCGCUUAUUGCUUCUACCAUAUUUUCUGCAGGAAACACCUACGUCUACUGUGCGACAAGGAGUUUGUAUGGUCUAGCACUAGAAGGACGAGCGCCUGGAUUCCUCAAGAAAUGCACGAAGAAAGGUGUUCCAGUUUACUGUUUUGCGGUAGUGAUGCUCUUUCCCUUCCUUUCAUUCCUCCAAGUGUCGAACAAUACGGCUACCGUUCUCACCUGGCUUAUCAAUCUUGCUACCGGCGCAACGAUCAUCGACUACAUCGUCAUUUGUAUAACGUACAUCCGUUUUCACAAAGCUUGCAAAGCACAGGGUUUUGAUCGCUCGAAAUUGCCCUAUUAUGGUCGAUUCCAGCCUUGGUGUGGUUGGAUUGGCCUAAUCUGGGAACUUCUCAUCAUUCUAUUCUAUGGCUACAAGAGUUUAAGCCCGUUCGAUGUCAGCGCUUUCCUCACCGCCUACACAAUGCCUGCUCUAUCUAUAAUUCUCUUUGUUGGAUGGAAAUUAGUGAAACAGACAAAGUGGCGUAAGCCAGAAGAGGUUGAUCUGGUUUGGGAAGCACCUCAUAUUACGGCAUACGAGAGAGCGCUUGAUGAGCCUUCAGUAGGAUUUUUUAGAGACUGCUAUCGUUAUUUCCGGGGCAAGGGCAGGAGUGCUAGGAGCGAGGCCUAGGCUGUCUAGUACAUAUGGCGGUGCACGGAGCUCUAAACUAACUGGGUGGACCCAUAGGCAAUUGCUCACUUUCAGAAGUACUAGAGGGGAUCGUUGAUGCGUUGUGUGUUUG